AUGCGGAUCCGGGGACAUGCGGAUCCAAGAACAUGGGGAUCCGGAGACAUGUGGACCCAGGCAAACACCAGCGGUUGGUGCCACUGGCCAGAGCCCAGAGCCACCAUGGGGCUGUCCCCGCCGUCCCCUCUGGGGGCACCUGGCCUGGACGUCCUCAACCACGUGCUGGGCGACCUGGAGCUCUUCGUGCAGCGGGUGCAGGCGGCCGUGAGCUCGGCCAACACCAAGAGCCUCUGGAAGAAGAAAAAAAAAGGGAAAAUUUUCCCACCCGAGGCCGAUUACAGGGACUUCUUCCAGAAGAUUAAAUAUGCUCUCAACCUUCUGGGCAAACUCCGCUGGAGCCUGGAGCAUCCGAGCAGCACCGAGCUGCUGCCCUCCAUCUUCGAGGCCUUGACCUUUGUUUUGGGCCACUGUCCCCACGGGAACCUGGCGGCCUCGGUGCAGAGCCCGCUGCUCAUCCCGGCGGCCGUGGAGCUGCUAGAGGAGACGCUGCACAGGCAGCACCACGACACCUGGCAGGGCCUGGGCCCGGCCUGGACCAUGACCCGGGCCGAGCACCCGGAGGGCCACAGCGUGCCCGCUUAUAUCCCAGUCUUCUCCGAUGGGUGGCUGCCGCCACGGAUGCUGCUGCUGGGGGCACCCCUGCCUGGUAAGUGCUGGUGCCAUGGGGGGGACGCGCUGUCGGUGUCCCCAGAGCGCUCUGACCACAGGUCCCCCUUGCAGGCACCCGCCACCAGCCACAGGGACAGCCCCAUGCAGGGCCCCCCCUUCCCCGCCCGGGAGCUGGUGCAGGCGCAGGACGAGUUCCAGGGCAGGAACGCGCAGGAGCUGACGGUGCGGAGAGGGGACGUGCUGCAGGUGCUGGACCAGAGGAAGAAGUGGUGGCUGGUGCAGAACAGCCAUGGGGACAAGGGCUACGUCCCCAGCAGCAUCCUGGAAGCCCCGGGGUUGGGGCCCAGGGCCCAGGACACCGUGAACCAGGGCAGCCCCCCCGUCCUGCACCCCGGCUCCUCGCCGGCGGAGGUGACAGCGUGGCUGCAGGACAAGGGCUUCUCGCGCCUGACGGUGAAGUGCCUCGGGGUCCUCUCCGGCCACCAGCUGCUGCACAUGAGAUCCGAGGAGCUGCGGGCUGUAUGUCCCGAGGAGUGGCGCCGCGAAGUGCCUCCGGGGCCUCUCCGGCCACCAGCUGCUGCACAUGAGACCCGAGGAGCUGCGGGCUGUGUGUCCCGAGGAGUGGCGCCGCGUCACCUUCAAGCUCGCGGCCGUGAGGACGUCCCUGGAGGUGACGUGAGGCGCCCGCGGCAGCCCCCUCCCCGCUGGGGGGACGAGCCCCAGGGCUUCCUGCCCAUCGCUUGUUUGUCCUCUCCUUGCAGAUCGGUCCAAGGGACUGAGACCGCAGUGACACCUUCCCCCAGCGUCCCCCCGGAACGAGCAUCCCAGGCCGAUAUCCCGGGCAACACCGGGAACAGCACUGCAGGACUGCGGGGGAUCCAAGGGGGAGCAGGGGUCCCUGGUCCUGCUUGA